AUGGAAGACGAUAAAUGCCCGUUCAGCGUGCCGACUCAACAACAAAAAGGCUCAGAAUUGUCGACAGCUAUGGCAACCAGCUGGGUCGUGCAAAAAUUUGGUGGCACUAGUCUGGGCAAGAUGCCGAGCGAGAUAGUAGACAUUAUCAAGUCUAGCCUAACGCAUCAACGAAUCGCUGUUGUUUGCUCUGCAAGAAGCAGUCAUACCAAGAACGAGGGCACCACAACCAGGCUUCUUCGUGCUGCAAAUCUAGCAAAAAACCAUCAUCAUUUUGGCUCGACUAACGAAAUUGAUGAAAUUGUAGAUAGUAUCAAGGAUGAUCAUAUCCAAGCCGCUCGUUCCUCUUUUCAGUCUCCGGGAAAAUACGAAGAAAUAGUCGCGAUGGAGUGUCGGGUCCUCCUGAAUACGCUUAAAUCAAUGCAGCAGUUCACAGAAAUAAAUUUAACAGCAGAGAAUGAAGUAAUCAGUACAGGCGAGAAAUUAGCAAGCCAGUACCUUAGUGCGCUUCUCGAGGAACAAGGUAUCCCUACUUGCUAUAUCGAUUUAUCUGAUGUGGUUGAUCGAUACUCCAUCACGACUGAAGUUGUGGAAUCGAAUCUCUAUAAAGCGUUGACGGACGCUUUUCGUCAGGACGUCUCUACAGCUGGGAGCAAAGUUCCUAUCCUUACUGGAUAUUUUGGGAAUCUGGACUCGGGUCUGUUGCGGACAGUAGGCAGGGGAUACUCAGAUCUUGCUGCUGCUCUUGUGGCAAUAGGUAUUCCAGCUUCUGAGCUACAGAUCUGGAAGGAAGUCGACGGAAUAUUCACAGCCGAUCCUCGAAAAGUCUCAACGGCUCGUCUCCUGCCCACCGUCUCGCCGGGCGAGGCUGCAGAAUUGACAUAUUUUGGCUCUGAAGUUAUACACCCUCAUACCAUGGACCAAGUCAUCCGAGCAAAGAUACCCAUACGGAUCAAGAAUGUCAGGAAUCCUACAGGAAACGGUACGGUCAUUGUUCCAGAUUCUCCAACUGACGGAAUUACUCCAGCGCCGGAAAAGUCUGGACUUUUGAUAAGUCGCGGGCCGUCCUCAAUGGACCUGCAGAAUCUCGAGGUACCUAAGAGCCCGACAGCCAUUACUGUCAAGCGCUCAGUCCUAGUCCUCAAUCUCUCUUCCAACAAAACAACACGAGCCCACGGCUUCCUAUCUCGCAUCUUCCAAGUACUCGACACUCACCACCUCUCGGUCGAUCUGAUAGCCUCUUCUGAGAUCCACGUUUCUCUUGCCUUGCACUGCGAGCCUCAACUACAUACCUCCAUCACCUACGGCCCCUCCGAGACCAGCAAAGACACGUCUACCAUUGUCGCCAACGAAAGCCUUCAGCGAGCUUGCAGCGAUCUUGAACACCUCGGCAGCGUUAAUCUUGCCACAGACAUGGCAAUCAUUAGUCUUGUGGGCCGAAACCUAAAGCACAUGAUUGGCAUCAGUGGGAAAUUUUUUCGGGUGCUUGGGAAAGAGGGCGUUAAUAUUGAGAUGAUAAGUCAGGGUGCGACUUUUGCCUCUUCUCUUGCUUUGCCCUUUAUCGUCUCUUUUCUCUUUAUUGGCUUUCUCGGUCCAAGGGUAAGACAGAUAGCUGAUGAUCAAAAUUUCAAUUUAGGGGCGAGCGAGAUCAACAUUUCCUGUGUCGUGCGAGAAAGUGAUGCAGAUCGAGCACUUGGAGUCGUACAUACCAACCUCUUUACAUUUCCUGAAUAA